CUGGAAUGGCCAGGGUGUGUGGUUUUUACCGCGCAUGGCAGUGGGGACAUACGGACUUACUCGUAACUUUGGUGCUUUGCUCUGGCUUGGCAAAGAGGCGAAAUAAGGAGUACUGUCCAGGCUGACUAGCCUACUACGGUAGACUACCAGUGCCUGGAUUGAAAUAUAGUAGUAUGCCCCUGCUGUGAGGGCAUGAGGGCGUCCGAUAUAAUAGCGAGCCCGCCGGUUCUCUGAGUCGUCGUCGUCGUCUCUAGUCCUUCCUUCACAGCCCACAAGAAUUCAUUCGGCAAUGGCUUCAUUGUACAAGACUAUUCUCUCCUCAACCCUGGUGGCUUCUGCCUCGGCGGUCAACUUGUACGUAGCCCAGUCGAACGGGAACGUCACAAGCCUGUCCUUGACCGGCUCGGGUAGCAAGUACGAACUGGCCGUAACAUCGAUUACCCAGGAGUGCGAAGUCAACCCUUCGGUCUUGACCCUCGACAAGGAGGACGGCGUACUAUACUGCUACGACCGCGGAGGAUCUGUCGGGACUCUGAACUCCUUCUCCACUGCUGCCGAUGGGACACUGUCUCGGAUUGCCCGUGUAGAGGGGCCGGCCAGCGGUGUUUGGGCUGAGAUCUUGACCGCAGAGAGCGGGAAGCGCGCCUACAUUACUGCUUCGUACAACAAGAGCGCCGUCGGUGUUUUUGAGCUUGGCGAAAACGGCACUCUGCCUGGAGAAGGUCCCAUCCAGACAAUCUUCCCGACAAGCAACAAGACCGGCCCGAUCGCUUCUCGCCAGGAUCGCAGCUACUCACACGAGGUCAUUAUUGACCCGACGAACACAUAUGUUCUCGUUCCAGACCUAGGCGCAGACCUGGUCCGGGUUUUCACCUACGCUCCCGACACGAUCGCCCCUCUUGUGGAGACUACGCCACUGACGACGGAAGCCGGUGCUGGUCCUCGUCACGGCUUCUUCCGAGUCAACGAUGCCGGCGAGACUUUCUUCUUCUUUGGUGGAGAGCUUUCACAGGCCGUGUACUCCUACCGGGUAACUUAUGAUGACUCAGGCUUGACCUUCGACAAGGUCUUUGAGGCCCCUGCGCUUGGUUUGAGUAGCACCCUGCCUGCAAACACCGCGCCAGUCAGCGAGUGUGCCAUCACUCCCGACCAAAAGUUUCUGAUCGUCUCAACCCGCGAGCGGUCCUUCUCCACCUCUGUGCUCUACCAGUCAGCUCCAUCCGACACCCUGACAACCUGGACCAUCAAUGAGGACGGCACUCUCGAAUUUCUCCAGAGUGCUCCCUCAGGUGGCUGGUUACCUCGUCAGUUCUCACUGAACAAGGCCGGGGAUUUGCUGGCUGUCGGGCACCAGACCAACAACACAGUCGUUAUUUGGAAGCGCGACCUCAAGACCGGGCUGAUCAUCACAGAAGAAGACGGCGGCAAGGUUGGAGAAGCGAGGCUUUCCGGUCCUGUUAUCUCCACCAUUUGGGAUGAGUGA